AUGCCGCCUCACCAGCCACUCUUCCUCAUCGCCAGCCUGCACGCCGUCGUCAUGAGCUCCUUCGCGCUCUGCCUAUCUCUCGCGGACCUGACGGCUGCCUUGGCUCCCCUCUACGGUGCACAGCGCGCAGCCGCUGUGUCAUCAGGCUUCGCAAAGGACUGUUUUGAGGGUCUGCAGGCGCUGAUCCUCCUCUUUGCCUUUGGCUACGCGCGCCUGUACUUCGAUGGCCCUGAGCGACAGCCUCUUAUGCUCUGCUUUGGCGGUGUGGGCAAGGUUGGGGUCGCGGCCUGGCUCACGCGGGUGCACUGCACGAUCCGCGCCUGCGAUCCCUCGCCGUUCCCACCGGCACUGCAUCUGCUCGGCACUUUACCAGACGCCCUGCUUGGGCUCUGCUUUCUGAGGGAGUGGCGGCGACUAGGCUACGCGCUCUGUGAGACGAAGAGAAUGUGA